UACAAAGUAGAAAUUAAAUUUUGGGGAAUAAACUAAAAGUUUUCAAAUAUUUAAUAAUUAAAAAUGUAUUGAGUACUUUUACAGAAAAACACACUGUCUUAAUGAUUCUUUCUGAAAUUAGUGAAUUUGUAGUUGUUGACCAACUGCUAAUAGAAAAUGCGGAAAAAUAUACAUAUUUUUUAUCUCAUUUGAGUUCGGAUUUUGUUACAGGAGAAAAUUUCAAUCAAAAAGUUUAUACUUCGAGCCAUAUAGGCAACAUAUUGUCAUCCGUUUGUAAAGGCAUUCCUUUGAGAUGCAUACGAACCCUGAAAAACGGAGAAAAGGUUUCUUUACUAUUACCGAAUGGAAACACUUUUAUAGUAACUAUGUUUAAAGACGACGAACCCACAGGAAAUGUCCUAUUUCAUUUUGAGACUCACCAUCAUACAGCAUUAUACUUAGGCCAUUUUAGGCAGAUAACUAAAAUUAUUUGGAAUAAAACUUUCAUAGAUCUUGUUUCCAAAGGUAUUGAUUAUUUAUAUAUAGACAACACAAAUUCGAAUUCAAUGUUUCAUUCUACUGCUACAGAAGUUAGUUAUAAAUUAAAACAAUUGUUAAAAUGUCAUACAAAAAUCAUUUUAAAUACUCCAUUAUUUGGGUAUGAAGAUCUUGUUAAAAGUUUUGUACAAGAUUUUGACCUUAAAAUAUUUAUUCGCAAUAAUAUUACUAAAAACGUAUUUUAUAAAACAAGUUAUAAAACAAAAUUCUUGUCAUCAUUUAAUGACUGUGAAAUUGCUUUAAUCAUGGAUUCAGCAGAUCUGGAUUUAAUAGAAAAACGCUUUAAAACUAAAAAUAUUGCAACCGUCCGACUUUUUGAUUUUCAAAAAAAAUUCGAAUACAACAAAUACGAAAAAAUUGGUCUUUACCAGUUAUGUUAUUCAUCUCACAUAUCACAUAUGGAGAUUUUUUCUUUUAUAAAUUUAAUUCAACCUAAGUGUAUUAAAGAAAUAUAUGCUGAGCUUUCUUCUGUUCCUAACUUUAUCAAAUCGGCUAGCAAACAUUGGAAAGUAAUUGACGAAAACUCGGGAAAUUUAAGUCUUGAGGAAGAACUGAAGGAAAUUGAAAAUUUUGCGCCAAAAACUGCUGUAGAUAGUCCUGAACAAUUACAAAAUUUUCUGGAAGAAACACUUUCGAAUUAUCAACUGACUGAAAACGUAACUAUAAAAUCAUCAGAUUGUGAAGAAAUCUGCGCAAGUCUUGACGAAUUGGACGACAAAAUAAAUACAGCUGCAUUUAAUCUUCCAAGAAGAAGGAAAAUCAAACAAAAAGCUUUAACUCUAAAUUCCAGUUCUGAUAGGUGGAAAUAUUUCGCUGAAAAUGACAACAGCCCUCCCACUUCUAUUGACAAAAAAGUUUCACUCUGUGAGAAAGAAGAAUCAAAAAAAGAUGAAUUCGAUUCUUUGAUGAACACAAAUUUUUCAAAUUUUCCGUCGAUUGCAAAUAUUGAUAAUUCUGAAAUGAUUGAAGUCAUAGAUUCUUCAGCUGUAGUGCAUUCACCACAGUUAGAAAAUGAUAAACUGCAAAUUAGUAGGAAACAAAAAGAACAGAAUGAAAAUUAUUAUUCUUUUUUGGAUAAUAAUAGUAAUUCUUCUAAAGAACUAAGUAAUAGUGGCGAUCGAAAAAGUGGUACGAAGAUGGAAACAAAUGCACAAAAUUUGCAAGUUGCUAUUUCUUACACUUUAGUUGAGCGCGCAAUGGAAGAAAUUCAUAACGGCGGAGUGAAAAUAGAUGAAAUGAAAAGUACCAAACUGGAACCCGAUACAGUGAAAUUUAAAAGUUCACAAAAAUUUAAUGCUUUGCGGAAUUCCAAUAGUUUGGGUGUAAAUUUAGUAAAUGAAAAUGAAAUAACAGAAAAUGAUGAAAAACAUUCAAAAUCAAAAAAAAAUGAAACGAAAAAUAAUAACAUAGAAAAAAUUAAAAGAAAUUGCACUGACAAUAGUGACUUAAAACAGCAUUUGUGUCUUAUAUUAGGAAUCGAAGAUGAAAAGAAGAGAAAAACUCAAGAUCAGUCCAUAAAAAAGGAUACUGACAUCAAACCCACUGAUUCUGUUUUAACAAAAAAAAGAGUAAGCAAAUCACCAAAGGUUAUAAAUAAUAGAAAAAAUAGCCUUACUAAAUACUUGCGCAAUGCAAACAGAAAAAGGAGGCGAUCUUCAUCAAAUAGUUCUGUGGAAGCCAUUGAAAAAUGCGAUAAUGAAAUCAUAGAAAUUGUUGACAAUAGCCCUCCAAUAGCACGUAUGACAAGAAGCUCAAUGAAAACUAAGGUUAUUGAGGUCAAAACAAAACGUGUUGUGAAAAAAAUUCCUGAAAUAAGACAAAUGUACAUAGAUGAUGAUGAUUGAUGCUUAAGUUUAAAAAUAAUAAUUAUAACUUAAAAUAAAACAAAAACAAUUUUAAAAAUAGAAUUAAAACACGUACAUAUUAAUAUUCCAAAUUUUAUAUUGGAUAUACAUAUUUAUGUAUGUAUGUACAAACUAAAUUUUAAUCAGAUUACCGAAAUAUUUAAAUUUUUAAAAAAAUAA